UUGUUAUAUUAUUAUCAAAAUGAAUUACUUUAUCCAGCAAAAUAUCGAAAGAAAUCUCGUGAAUUCAUUGUUCCAAAAUUUUCUGAUGAAGAAAUCCCUUAUACUGAAGUAAUACUAACUACAAAAGAUAAGGUUAGAAUUCGCGCAUUCUUAUGCAAGAGAAAAAAUGACGAAGAAGCGUGUCAACGGCCUACUGUAUUAGCAUUACAUGGAAAUCGUGGAAAUAUAGGCAAACAAUCAUCAAUUGCUCGUAAUUUUUAUCAAAAUUUAAAAUGCAAUAUAAUGCUACUUUCUUAUAGAGGAUAUGGAAGUAGUGAUGGAAUUCCAUCAGAAGAAGGAAUUAAAAUAGAUGCACAGACCGCGUUAGAUUAUAUAAAACAACAUCCAAUCCUACAUGGUACAAAAUUAAUAUUGUAUGGAAGUUCACUAGGAGGUGCCGUUGCUAUUGACUUGGCUGCGAAAAAUGAAGAUGAGGUUGAUGCAUUAAUUGUAGAAAACACAUUUCUAAGUAUACCGAAAUUAUUACCAACAUUUUUUUCUCCAUUAAAAUAUAUAACAUUUAUAUGUACACAAAUAUGGCCAUCAGAUGAACAAAUUAAAAAAAUCAAGAAAAUUCCAAUAUUAUUUUUAUCAGGUAAAUUAGAUGCUUUAGUAUCACAACAACAGAUGAAAGAAUUAUAUGAAUUAUCAAAUACUUUGGCCGGUAAAGAAUGGAAAGAAUUUCCUUAUGGUAAUCAUGGUAAUACAAUUACUCAACCUUGUUAUUGGAAUGUUAUUGAAGAAUUUUUA